AUGACUGGCACAUCAAGUACCGAAAACGGCGUCGAAAUGGCGCGCCCCGAGCCCGCCAUGCUCACCAGCCAGCCAACCCGUCACCAAGCCAUGGAUCCCCAACAACCCCACGUCGACAACGAGAAUACCGAUCCCGAGCUCGGGCUACGAGGAGGUCAGGGGGAGAUGUGCCCUGGCCGGUUCUGCUUCAUCAUUCCUUGCCCGAUCCCCAUCAACUGCUGCAUUUUCCCUUGCCCUUGCUGA